CUGCAUACGCCGACCGCUGUGACAGCCUUUUUUCGCUUCAACUAAAUUAACUGAAACAUUUCCUAUUAAAUGACGAGAAAGCCCCUCCUUUGUUGUCUGUGAGAAAGAAAAGCUCGCUAGCCGAGACAAACUCUUCUCACCCACCAUUACCAAGCUGUCACAUACUAAUUUAGUGACUCUGCCUCACGCCACAACACAACCUCAUUUGGCUCCAUUCACAAGCCAUGCCGUGCCUAACACCCUUUCGCAUUUAUUACAUUUACUCUUUUGCCACUUCUCUUCUUAUUCUUACCCGUUAGUCCGUUCCCAUCAUCUCAUUCAACUCAACACCCGCUUUCUACGCUUCCCCCUUUAAAUACUUCUUAUUUCUUUUCUUCUUCUUUUUGUCCUUUCCCUUUGUUUCUACGGAGUAUUUUAUGUUAUUGAUUUUUGAACCCCCUGAUUCUCUCCUUCCCUAAUCUCCGUUUCUUACUGUAAUGUAAUAGUAUUACUACUAUUCUUAUUCAUUUUAUUUUAUUUUAUCCUUUAAUACUAUUUCUUAUAUUAAUGCUGACUGACUGAAUGGGAAAAUAAUAGCUACGGAAGAAUUUUUGGUGCUCUACUCUCUCUUUUCUUAAGGUGCGGGUUUAAACUGUUGUUUUCAGUGGAGUUUGAUUACAGGAGUGUGUGAUAAUGAUGGAUGAGCGGCGGCAUUCCGUUGAUAUACCGAUUUCUAAGACUCUUGUAGCAUUGAGGAGAGUUAGGUCAUUGAGGGAUCCAUCAACUAAUUCUAUGACCAAACAUUCUUCUUUAAUUGAUCAUGACAACUUACAUUGGGAAAACGGUUAUGCCAAUGGGAUUUCUCUGCUGUUUCCGGAUUAUUCUCAUGCUUGUGAUUCUGAUGAUGAUGAUAAUGAUAAUGUUGGCUUAAGAUCAAUGAAUUUAGGUUUUAAGGGGCAAAGAGAGUUGGAUGCUGCUGGUUUUGAAUUAAAUUCAAGGGUGAAGCCUAGUAGGAUGUUGUGUCGGAGCGGAAAACAAGAUAGUGGUGAACUAGUAUACUCUAAUAUAAAUCGACGAAGCAUUUGUGGAAUCUGUGGUAGCAACCAUGGCGGUAAAGGAUUGGAUUUGGCUUGUGUUGUGCCUUCUAUUAAUGAUUUCAAGGAUGUGGAGUCGUGCUAUAGAACAAAUGCAAUAUCGUCUCAAUUAGGGAGAACAGAUCAAACUAAGUCAGCCAAAAAACCGCUGCGCAAGAAUCAAGUCAAACCAUCUGAUGUAGUGGGAGAUAUUGCUAGCCAUUUGGGGAGUCCAUGCCUUUCUGCUCGUGAUGCUUUAUCGCCACCCCGUGGUUCCUCGGCACAGAUAAAUCUGGAUUUUGGUGUUGUAGAAAAUAGUGAUAAUGGAUAUGGAUUAAGCUGUUGUUGGUCAAAAUCACCAAGGUUUAAAGAAUCAAAUCUUUAUGAUGAGAUAGAAGACUGUCCGUUGAUAUUGAACUGCAUCGAUGACUCUGAUCUUCAUGGAAAUAGAAAUGUGAGACACAAUGGUGGCGAAAUUAGUCCAAAUUUGGAUACUCCUAGAAUGUUAUCUAUGAAAUUCAAGCCUAAAUCAUUUGGUGAUUUGGUUGGACAAGAUGUGGUAGUUAGGUCUCUUUUGGGUGCAAUCUCUAGUGGAAGGAUAACAUCAUUUUAUCUCUUCCACGGUCCACGCGGUACAGGUAAAACAUCUGCCUCCAGAAUAUUUGCCUCUGCUCUGAAUUGUAUCUCUGUCAAGGAGCAAAGACCAUGCGGCAGGUGUAGAGAAUGUGUUUUAUUCUUUUCUGGAAGAAGUAAAGAUGUUAAGGAAGUGGAUUCUGUGAGAAUCAAUCAUACAGACCAGGUUAAAUCCCUUGUUAAGUAUGCAUGUACUCCUCCAGUUUCCUCGCGUUUUAAGGUCUUCAUUAUCGAUGAAUGCCAGUUAUUGAACGAGGAGACGUGGGCGUGCCUUUCGAAUAACCUAGAGAACAUUUAUCAACAUUCGGUUUAUGUGAUGAUCACUCCUGAUCUGGAUAAGCUUCCUCAAAGUGCAGUUUCCCGGGCUCAGAGGUAUUACUUUCCGAAGGUUAAAGACACUGAUAUUGCAUGCAGACUAGAAAAAAUUUGUGCAGAAGAAGGUCUUGAUUUUGAACAUGCUGCUUUGGACCUUAUAGCAGCAAAAUCCUGUGGUUCUGUUAGGGAUGCAGAAAUUAUGCUUGAUCAGCUGAGUUUACUUGGUAAAAAGAUCAAAAUUUCCUUAGUUUACGAGCUUACUGGAAUUGUUUCUGAUGAUGAAUUGCUUAAUUUACUGGAUCUGGCAUUGUCACCCGACACUACAAAUACCGUUAUAAGAGCUCGUGAGUUGAUGAGAUCAAGGAUAGAUCCUUUGCAACUUGUGUCACAAUUGGCAAAUCUCAUAAUGGACAUCCUUGCAGGGAAAUGUGAAAAUGGUGAUUACGAAGUCAGAAGUAGAUUUUCUAGUAGAUACACUUCGGAAGCGGAUCUUCAGAAACUAAGCCAUGCAUUGAGAAUACUUUCUGAAACCGAGAAACAGUUAAGAAUUUCGAAAAAUCAGACAACAUGGUUCACUGUCGCUCUUCUACAGUUAAGCUCUGUUGAUUAUCCUUCUUCCACAGAUGUUGAUACCAAGUUGUUUAUGAGAGGUGCAUCCAAUGGAGGGCAGAACUUGGAACAUCUUGCUACUGGUGGAAGUGAAAAUAAGUCAUAUAGAUUAGUAGCGCACGAGGAUCACGAAGGAACACUAUAUUCCAUAUGGUAUAAAGCUACUGGGAUAUGUCAAUCUAGUCAGCUCAAAACUUUUCUCAGGAAGAAGGGAAAGUUGUCUUCACUUCAUGUUGAUCAAUCUACAUCUUGUCUUGCUAUUGCAGAGUUAGAGUUCGGCCAUCGCCACCAUGUAUCCAAGGCUGAGAAGUCAUGGAAAUUGAUAGCAAAUUCGUUGCAGUGCAUUUUAGGUUGCAACGUCGAGUUGAGGAUAACUUAUGUACCUCAAACUUCAAAGAAGUCAUCUUUCAACAUCUUUAGUUGUUCGCGUAAAAUACAACAGAAAUCAUCGUUGUCCAACGAACUAGAAACUGAAAUAGACUAUGCUGAUUACACCUCUCAAAAUCUCAUGAUGAAGAAUAAAACUCUAUCUUCUUUCUCUGAAUGUGGAUCUCGGGUGCCACCACGGAAGUCUUACGAUGAAACGGAUGCUGUAACGACUCUGAGGAGCUGCGAAGGGAACUUACUCAGCUCAAGAGAAAGUUUAUUGAAUAGGUCAUUUGAAGAGAGUAUAGGGGCAUCAUGUUCUGGAGUUGAUUCUUCCAAGAAAGAGGGUCACAAUGGUGCACAAAUAGUUCCAUCGAUCCACAAUUCAGAGAAUCAGUCUAACUGUUUUCCACAAACUCUUUGGCUUCAAAAGAAGUUUCGUUCUUCAUAUUCAUCCAAGGUGUCUUUUCAGGGUACCUAACAGCAGAAAGAUUUUAUUUUAUCUAUCAGGAUCUGUAUUUUCUCUGGGUGCUCUAACAGGUGCACCAAAGCCAUUGAGAAUUAUUUUUUUUGCUACUAUUUGCAUUAUUAAAACUAUUGAUACUCCAGUUAUUAAAUAAUAAUAGUAAUUAGACAAAA